GCGCGCCCCAUCGUGUUCCAGGAGGUCCUGUUCAAGCUCGCCGCGGGCGCCAUCAGCCGCGCGGAGCUCCACAGGGUUUCCGCGCACGUCGGCAGCAACCAGCAUGCGCUCGGCGCAGAGAGUGGCGCUGCCGCCCUCGUCGCCGAGGUCCAGGCGGACAUGGCGGCCCACCCGCGCUGGGUCGACCUCGGGCUCGACCUCGAGAAUGCCUUCGGCACUGCCCGCCGGCAGGGCGCCUACGAGCAUGUGGGGGAGCAGUUCAAGACGCUGGAAAUGCAAGGGGGUUGCUGCCAGGGCGGUUGCAGUGCAACCUCGGACUUCGGCCUCGCAUUCUCGGCCGGCAUUCGCGACAUCUCUGAGGCCUACUCCAAGGCGUUCGCAGAUGAGUCCUCUCGCCCGCGUCUCCGCCUCUUCGUCGGCGACGUCUGCGUCGCCGCUCCGCGUGAGCACUGGCCGCAAGCGAUGCGGAUCGCGACGCAGUGCUUUGCGGCACGGGGGCUGAAACUGCGCGUCGACAAGACCAAAGCCCACGUGCCAGCUGCCCGUUCAGACCCGGCUCUCGCUGGCGAGCUCGCUGCCGAGCUGCGCCCGCGUGCUGAACUCGACGCGUCUGGUCUUGCUCUCCUUGGCGCUCACGCCGAAGGCGAGUGCAGCGCGCAUUUUAGUUUCGACGGGGCCACCCUCGGCCCAGUGCAAAAGCGGUGCGAGAAAGCGAUCGCAUUCGCUUCGAGUUUUAAACGAGUUGCGCAUGCCGAGCUCACUUGCCGUAAGUUGGGUCCUCUAUGGAAGCUUGUUUGCUUGGUCUUGAACCGCGCUCUGUCCUACGACGCCUGCGUUGUGAAGCCGGCGGCCUUCCUGCCGUGCGCACCUGUAAUCGACCUAGGGUACGAGCGCUCCGGUAUGCUCGCUGCUGCCAGACAUUGCCUUGGCCGGUUGGCAGCGAGCGGCGUGUUCCUCGACACGUGGGGGAUGCCGCAGCCGGAGCCUGAUGCGCAAACAGGUGCCCACACAUUUUCGCUCGAGCACGCGGUGGCUGCAGGCGUAGCGCUGCGGCACCGUCGUAAAUUGUGGAUGCUCCGAGCGGCCGAUGCCGCACUCUCUGCAGGGACGCCUGGGCAGCGGAAACACUGGCUGUCCGGAGGCGGUCCGGAAGGCGGGCUUGGUUUCACAGCCAACGCAACUGGGGAUUUGGCCCCUUGGUCGGACGAUGAGUUCCGCAUCAAUUUCCGCCGGCGUCUCCGGCUCCCGCUCUUCGGCGUCGCGUGCUUUUGUCAGCGCCGCGCGCGUGCUGGAAGGGUCUGUGGCCACGCGCGCGACGAGCUUGGAGAUCACGCGAUAUCUUGCAUGAUCGGUGGAGCCCACAACCGUCUGCAUGAUGGAGUCUGUGACGAGCUCGCGGCGUGCGCUCGCACAGCCGGCCUUGCAGCCACACGCGAGGUCGUGCUUCCAGAGCUCGCCACGGCAACCAUGCGUGAGCCGCGCGUGGACGUGCAGCUCUGGGGCCACUCCUCGCUCCCAAUUUUCCACGGGGACUUCACAAUCGUCAGCACACACAACCGCCGCGGCCAUUCGGCGACCGCCGGUGCUGGCGCGACCGCUGCCGAGGCUGCGAAAGUAACGAAAUAUGGAGCUCGAGGCGGCACAAGCGUGCAAGGCCUUGCACUUGAAUUCGGCGGCCGCCACGGGCCGCAGCUGACGUGUCUGCUGCAACAGCUGGCAAGCCUCACCCGGCACCAGAGCCAUCUCCGUGACACGGGUUGCGCACGGCCGCCGCUCCGCGAUUGGCGGCAGCGGUCCUUGUGGGGCGAGCCACUGCG